AUGGGCAACGUCCUGCCGCUGCCACGGAUGUGCAAGGAAACCAGGGUGGUGGACGCCACCGUUGCCGGAGCUGCCAAGAUGGUGAAGAGGAAAGAGCGGCCGGCGGCGACCAUGGACACCGUCGCCAGGGCGGAUCAAUACGGCGUCGAGGAGGCGAAGGAGGUGGCGUGGCCGGAGUGCCGCGUGGAGGACGGCGGGGUGCGGUUGAAGGUGCUGAUGACGAGGAAGGAGGCGGCGGAGUUCAUGGCGAGGCUGGAGGAGCAGGCCGCCGCGGAGAGUGAAUCCAGGAACGGGGAGGUCCUCGCCGGCGGCGUGUUGAGCCCGCCGUGCGAGGUUGCGUGGAGGCCCCGUCUCGCAACCAUACCGGAGACGUGUUAG